UAGUAACCGAAAACAGGCGGAAGUUUCUGUUGACAAGCGGUUUUACUUGGGCCAACCGCUGUUUAAUAAGAUUAAUAUCAAAAAUAUUUAGUUUUCUUGGAAGAAAGAAAGAGAAAAAAUCCCGCAAUGGAAAUUAUCAGAGGGAGUUUAGAUGAUAUUUCACGACCUGCGUCGAGUGAGCAGACAGGUAGCCGUGUGUCGAGCGUGUCGUUGCCUCAUAGUGACAGGAUAUCUCCUACAACUCAGUUUUCCCUUGUUGUUCUGAGCAACGAUGCUGCUGACAUCCAGGCUCGGAGCAGCUCUACAGAAAGCAUAAUCAACUCCACAACCAGAGAUCAGGACAAAAGUCAGUGUCAGGUUGAUGUAAGUGAUGAAGAGAAGGAUGAUUCCAAACUAUUGAGAGCCAUUGAAGAAAUGAGACGACUCGAUGAAAUACUGUCUGCAAAAAUGUGCAAAGAGAAAGAAGUGAAGCGACAAAGGAAAGAACUUCAAGCAAAGCUCUGGCAAGAGUUCCUGCAGAAUAAACCUGAAGGUCGCUCUGAAUGUGCCCAGGAAUCUCUAAACACAAGGUUGUUUUUGGCUCUGGAAGAACUCUCUGGGACAGAAGAGGAGGACGACUUUGUGCCUGUGUUUGAAACUCAGGUCCCUGACUGUGGGCAAAGCAGAGGCAGUCAAUACUGGGAGCAAAGUGAAAAGAUGCCAUACAGUUUGACUGAAUCAUUUGAAAUAGACCAUGAGGAGACUGGAGAGGAGCAAUUUGAAGGCAGCCACUGUGGAGCUUCCAAAGGCAAGAAAAAACAGAAGGACUUUGUCAAGAGAAACAUUGAGCUAGUAAACGGUGAGGGGGGCCAAGUGAUUUUGACCCAGGCAGAGAAAGAGCGUCUGGCCGAACUCCUUCAAGAAGACGACCAAACAGAAGAGGACAGUGCCAGAGGUGCAGACAGCGAGGACGACAUGUGGGCUGUGUCCGUGCUGACAGGCCAGGGCUACACCCCAGAGCCCUCUGACCUGGAGCAGCUGAAUGACAUCCACUCCAAAAUUCGCCGACUCCUUCCGAUCGAGGAAUUUAUCUCAGUACAAAGCUCAUACACAGACCUUGUCUUGUCCCAGGGCCAUGGCUCAGAGGUUAGCUGGAAGUGUGAUGGGGACCCGCAGCCAGGAGAGAAGGUCCUGCAGGAUAUAAAGGAGAGGAGAGAGCUGGAGAGGCGGCUUCAAGAGAUCGAACAGCAGCUGGAGAUCCUGGACCAGAGCCAAGAGAUGACUAAUGAGUCACCAGACCUUACUGAGGAGCAGUUACGUGGUCUGCUGGAGGAAUGUGAGCUAGCCGAGAUCAGGGCCGAGGCUCUUGAGAUGAUCGACACAACACCAUGACACCAAGAAGAGAUCCACCUGAAGCCCUGCUAAUAAAUGCAGGGAUGUGAAUCUAGCAUGGCACAUAUGAGCAUUACACAGGGUGGAGGUUAUGUCCUGAAGUCAUAGGGAAGGAUAGUGUUUAAUCUUAGACUGUUAGGGGACACUGACUUCCUCUCCUUGAGAUACAGAGCAGCUGUAUGCUUGUGUUUAGGAAAGCAAGUGCCAUUCUGAUCACUAAUGUGGUAACGGGCUGUCUCCCUCUCUAGACACAACAGAUAGAUACAUAACAUAACAUGGUCUAUAUAUUAUGUACCUAUCUGUAUCUGUGUCUACAGUCAGAUAACCGUGUUGGACCACUACAGAGUAAACAUAUUUCCUUGCAUGUAGACCAAUUGAGCAUGAUCAUGUGUGUCACUUUUCUGAGGGCAUAUAGAUGAACGAGAGAGGACAGCUUCUUCAGAAUUAAGGCGGCAUCAUGCCAUGAGGAGUGUAUUGAUAAAUUCUCCAUUCUCACUGCGUUCCUCAUGUGAACCAGCAGACAUGAGUAAAUGUGAGGCACUCUGCUCGUGGUAACAAUGGAAAUGGCACAGCUUUGAAUAUCGACCAGCGGGCGUGUGCGCGAGACGAGCAUGACUGUCACAGUUUCACAAGAUCGAGCCCGCUUGUCACUCCGCCUUUCAGAUUGUCCACGCGUCAGUCGCUCUCCAUCUGAGAAGACCCUCAGACAUCUUGUACACCUGCGAAAAAAGAUUUCUUCACAACAGUGGCCAACAGGCUACUAUGGGGUUGUGAUAAAAAAAA